CUUACUUUUCUCUUUAACAUACAAGAAUUUUAUUAGGCUCAGAAGUGAUUUACUUGCAGAAUUCUUAGACUUUCUGGCACUUGAAUCAAAUUCCAUCAUAAUGCAUCCCUAUGACGAGGUAUUGCGCCAGAUUGUGGAGCAAAUGCUCAUCCAGAAGGAAUGCCAAACGGAUAACCAGCAUGUGCUUGAUAACCUGGUCAUCCUGAUGCGCAACAGAGUGCGUGACAUUGCGAGGAUCACCACGAAUGCCGCUAGCCAUGCGGGACGCUCCACGUCCUGUUACUUUGAUGUGGAACGCACGUUCCGCAUGCUGGGCAUUGGGGUGAGUGGCUUGCGGGAAAUACGUGAUGCCGACCCCGAGACCCAACCACCGGGAGUGACCCUACCUCCGACAGAGAUCCGAGACGACGACUUUCAUCAGUCUCCACAGCAGGACAUCAAUCAGCAGCGUGGCACCCGCAGUGGACGGCACAUACCCAAGCAUUUGCCCCCGUUCCCUGGACUACACACCUACAAGAACACCAUGAUGGGCAUUGUGACUGAUCGAGGCUAUAUCAUGGAGCGAGAGCGUAGUGCGCAGCUGCAGCGAAAUGCCCAGCGUGCGCUCAACUCAUUUUUUCAGCGCACAUUGCCAACAACUUCACUGUUCAGCGGUCGCCAUCCGAAAAGGAAGCACACGGAGUUUUUGCUGCUCACUGCGGAGCCGUCCACGACCCCAGCUUACUUGUCGGCCCUAAUGCCGAAAAAUGAGGUGUAUGAUACAGACAUCUACAAGAGCAACAACGAGAUCAAUCCGAUGGCCCACACCAAUCCCUUUUUGCAGAAACCAAAGGGUCUCCCAUCGGAAAGCUCCGAUGAGGAGGAGUUUGAACGCGAAAUUGAACGCGAAGUUGAAAGUGAGAUUGAAAGUGAAAGCUGUGAAGAGAGGGCUGCCGGUUAUGAUAGUGACGUUGAGUAUGAGGGCGACGAAGAGAAUGAGGAGAAUGAAUAUGAGGCUACUGCCGAGUAUGAAGAUGAGGCUUCCGAAGAGAAUGAAAUUGAGGCUUCUGCAGAGUAUAAAGAUGAGGCUUCUAAAAAGAAGACAGAUGAGGCUUCUGUAGAGAAGAAAGAUGAGGUUACCGAAGAGAAUAAAGAUGAGGUUGCCGAAGAGAAUAAAGAUGAGGCAGCCGAAGAGAAUAAAGAUGAGGCUGCCGAAGAGAAUAAAGAUGAGGCUACUGCAGGGUAUGAAAAAAAGGCUUCUGAAGAGAAGGAAGAUGAGACUUUCGAAGAGUGUGAGGAAGAGUAUAGCGAAGAAAAUGAGACUGAUAAUGCAAAUCAUUAUCAUUAUGAAGGAAUUGAGACUGAGUCAUCUGGAGUGAAUGAGAUAAAGACUUGCAAACAGAGUAUAGUUAAAAAUAUUGCAGAGACUGAGACUGAAGACGGCGAAGAGGAUCAGACUUACACACAGAGUGAAGAUGAGUGUGGAGGGAAUGAGUAUGAGUAUGAGUAUGAGGAGGAGAAUAGGGAUGAGAAUAAGUGUGAAUAUGGUAAAGAAAUUGAGAGUGAGUCUUCUGGAGAGAAUGAUAUAAAGAUUUGCGGACAGAGUAAGAUUGACGAUAAUGAAGAAAUCGAGAGUGAGUCUUCUGAGAGUAAGGAUAAAAAUAAUGAAGAAACCGAGAAUGAGUCUUCUGGAGAGGAUGAGGUUGAGGCUUGCAAACAGAUGAACGAUGAAAAUGGUAAUGAAAUUAAGAGUAAGUAUUCUGGAGAGAAUGAAAUUAAGACUUGCAAACAGAGUAAAGUUGAGAAUAAUAAAGAGAGGGAAACCGAGGACGGCGAAGAGAAUGAGACUUACACACAGAGUGAGGAUGAUUAUAGUGGAGGGAGUGAGUCUGAGUAUGAAGAGGAGAUUAGUGAAGAGAAUGAAAGUGAAUAUAGUGAAGAAAUUGAGAGUGACUCUUCUAGAGAAUAUGAUAUAAAAACUUGCGGACAGAAUAAGGAUGAAAAUGGGAAGGAAAUCGAGAAUAAGAUUUCUGGACAGAAUGAGAUUAAGACUUGCAACCAGAAUAUAAUUGAGAGUAAUAAAGAGAGUGAGACUGAGGACGGCGAAGAGAAUGAUACUUACACACAGAGUGAGGAUGAGUGUAGUGAAGAGUAUGAGGAAGAGACUAGUGAAGAGAUUGAGAGUGAAUCUAGUGAAGAAAUAGACAGUGACUCUUCUGGAGAGAGUGAGGUUAAAACUUGCAAUCAGAAUAAGGUUGAGAAUAAUGAAGAGAAUGUGAAGGUGGACUGCGUAAAGAAUGGGACUCUCGAAAAGAAACAGAAAAUGAGUGAGUGUUUUGAAGAGUAUAUAAAGGUGUAUUUUGGAGGGCGUGAAUGGUUUGAAAAGAAUGCAAAUUACGAAAUGAAUGACAGCGAGAAUUAUGUAUGCUUUUCUCACGAAGGUUAUAAUAUGAAAAAUAUAGAGAAUAUAAAUGUGGAUAAGGAUGAUGAUGUCACUGACAACUUAAAUGAAAUGGAGGAUUUGGCGGAUUUCGAUGAAAAUAUGAUUCAAUGUGAGAACGAUGAUGAAAAUGUGGAUUUUUUUGAUGGAAAUCACGAUGUCGAUUGGGAGUUGCUGGACUUGUAUCAAGACUAAUAAGAGUCGAUUAAAAAUACUGAUUAUAAAGCUCUAUGCAAAUGAUA